AUGUUCGUUGCGCCCUCAACCGUUCUAUUCACCAACUGCCCAGGGGCGCCAGGUCUGGAGACACUGACUACUAAUUCUGAAUUAGAGGAGCUCUCCAAGAAACUGAUGGCUAACUCCGAGGGUCUAAGACUACAGGUGGUAGAGAAGGAUGGACACUAUUUCACUCUAAACAACACACGGCUACAAGUUUGCCAGUGGCUGGAGACACGGGGUCAGUGCCGCACCGUGCGCAUAGAGACGGUGCCGUUGAAAUCUGUCCCCGAGGGUAUCAAACAGAUGAUGGUGGUACCGUCGUCGCUUCCUGCUGUACAAGUCCCUCUACCAG